AUGGCUGAUAUUGAAAUAAAAAAGGAAAAGAAAAAGAAGAAGAUCAAAGAAGAGCCCCUCGAUGUGGACGAUCUUGGUGUUUUACAAAAAACUGGCGACUUUUCAGUUAAGCCAUCCGAGAAAUCUGCUAAGUUAGAUGCAUCGCAAUGGCCUUUGUUAUUAAAGAAUUUCGAUAAGCUGAACGUACGCACUAAUCAUUACACACCUUUACCACAUGGAUCAUCGCCUCUCGGUAGAGAUAUCAGAGAAUACAUGAAGUCUGGUUUUAUAAACUUAGAUAAGCCUUCGAACCCUAGUUCCCACGAAGUUGUUGCCUGGAUUAAAAAAAUUUUAAAAGUAGAAAAAACAGGACACUCGGGAACACUUGAUCCUAAAGUAACAGGAUGUCUCAUUGUAUGUAUCGACCGUGCAACCCGCCUCGUAAAGUCACAACAAAGUGCUGGUAAAGAGUACGUUGCUAUAUUCAAAUUGCAUUCUCCGGUGGAAUCUGUUGCAAAAGUUCGUCAAGGUUUAGAAAAACUACGUGGCGCUCUUUUCCAACGUCCGCCUUUAAUUUCCGCGGUUAAAAGACAGUUACGUGUUCGCACAGUCUAUGACAGUAAACUAUUAGAUUAUGAUGAAGCGCGCAAUAUGGGCGUUUUUUGGGUUAGCUGCGAGGCUGGAUCUUAUAUUCGUACCAUGUGCGUACAUUUGGGCCUAGUUUUAGGAGUAGGUGGUCAAAUGUUGGAGUUAAGACGUGUUCGAUCUGGAAUACAAUCGGAACGUGAUGGUAUGGUCACAAUGCAUGAUGUUUUGGAUGCCAUGUACUUGUACGAAAACCACAAGGACGAGUCCAUGCUUCGCCGAGUUAUAAAGCCAUUGGAAGGCUUACUUGUUAACCACAAGCGUAUCAUUAUGAAAGAUAGCUCGGUGAAUGCUGUCUGUUAUGGUGCCAAAAUUAUGUUGCCUGGUGUUUUACGAUAUGAAGACGGUAUAGAAAUUGAUCAAGAAAUAGUGAUCGUAACUACGAAAGGUGAGGCGGUCUGCUUGGCCGUCGCACAGAUGACAACGGCAACAAUGGCUUCAUGUGAUCACGGUGUGGUAGCAAAGAUUAAACGUGUUAUCAUGGAGAGAGAUACAUAUCCGCGUAAAUGGGGCUUAGGACCAAAAGCCUCUGCAAAGAAGGCCCUCAUUGCCGCAGGAAAAUUGGACAAAUAUGGGCGACCAAAUGAAAAUACCCCUAAGGAGUGGUUAACUGGCUUUGUUGAUUACAAUGCAAAGAAGCCUGCUACAGCUGUAACCCCGCAAAAUAAUGUUUCGGCUAAUGGGAAUGGUGCAGAUGAGGGUAAAAAGCGCAAGUUAAGUUCGUCCAGCCAAGAUGAGGCUGCUGCAAAAGUAGUAGAGGAUGUGGCGGAGAAAUCUGAAAAGAAAAAAAAGAAGAAGCAUAAAGCAGAUAAAGAGGCUCUUGAGGAAACUGCAGCCGUUGUAGAUGAAGAAUCAGUGCAGGCGUCAGAAAAGAAGGAAAAGAAAAAGAAGAAGAAAAAGGAUAAAGAUAGGGAAAGAGAAGCACAGGAUUAAAGAGACGGCUCAAAAGUUCAUUACAAUUUUUUGAUUUGUAAUUACAAUGCAUUUUUUACAAAGUACUACACUUUUCUAUUAAUUUAAGAUACUUUUAUUAAUAAAUAUUGUAAGCAUAUGUACAUAUGUAGGUUUGACAUGCUGUAUAUAUAUGUUAACACGAUUCAAUUCAAUAAUUUGUUAUACAUGUAUAUGGCAGUUGUAAGAAUUGUAAAACUUACAUAUAUCGUACCAACCUGAGUUCAACUACUAUACUUACUAGUAUGAUUUUAGCUAUAAGACUAAAUGUAAGUCUGGAAAAUGUAGACCUUACUUAACGUUUGCAAGCUGUGGACCUGGCUUGUCACCUAAGUAUGGUUCUUAUAAAAAAAAAAAUAUAUAAUAAAAAAUUUGUAUAAUACAUUGCAA